AACGCUACACCUUGUGUGCUGCCAUGAGGCCCUAAAAGGUGCCAGGCGGCUCUGGAUGGACGGGUGGAGAGAGAAGAGAGGAGAAGAUGAUCUCUGCAGGCCUCUUUAACCACAACGAGCUCUAGUCCUACAGGUCCUGAUCCAACCGGACCCGGUCCACAGGUGCAGAUCUUCCCACCGUUAGAACAAACCUUUACCUGAAUCAGCAUCGGACCGAAAACAGACGACGUGUUGGUGUUUAGAUGUCUGACCUCACCAAACACACACACUUCUCCAGCUGACCUUCCUCUGACAGUGAGCCUGAAGAGGACGGGGCACAUCUUGCAGCUGCUGAGGAAGCAAGCAUCUGUGCUGCCAACGUGUCCUUGAGCAGGCUCCUCCCAAAGACAGAUGCUCCUGACCUCUGAAAACAAAACAAAACAAUAUAAAUCUGAGAUUCUGCCUCAUUUGUAACCCAGAAGGGAUCCCUAAAAGGAAAUCAGCUGCCUUCAUCCCCUGACCCAGACUCUCCAUCACCACUUCAUUUUGUUAAAUGGAUUGGUUCCUGUCAACUCGCUGCAUGAGCAGGAGAGUGUUGGCCCUCUCUCCGGGCAGAGCGGGCACCAAGAGCUCAGCUGUCACAGGAUGUGGGAAACCCUCUUCCCUCUUCCGGCUCGUGGAGAGUACAGACGCUUUUUUUCUCCUCUCCCUCCUUAUCCCAAGGCUCUUUGUCCUGUCUGUGCACGGCCCUUUCUGCAUUUUUUCUGGAAACUGGAAAUUAUUAAAAAUGGACCUGGUCAGUUGGUCUCUCAACACAUUGACAAGAUUUUUUCAACGAUGAGAACGGGAGAAGGGGCUCCCGGUUGCCCCUCUGGGACAGAGCCAGCUGGAUAUAUCAUGGACUCCUGGAAACAGUGGAACCUGAUCUGCCUCUCUCAGCUGUCUGUAGAGGAUUCUGAAGAUGUCUGGAUAUUCGUGGUGUUGGUGUUGGGAUUCCUGCUGUUUGGCCUGAGCGGUUACCUGGCUUACUGGAAAAUUAACGAGCUUUCGAGGAAUAUUGGCUCAAUCCCAGAGCUCAGGGAUGGAUUACAUGGUUCUGUGAACGCACAAACUCAUAUCAUUGUCGAGAUGAGUCGUAAGCUUGGAACUUUGGCUGAGAUUCAGGCUCUGGCACAGAAGGUGGAUUCCAUCAAGGAGCGAGUGGACGGAUCAGCACGGAUCGAUUGGGAUAGAUUAAUUACGCCAUUAUUGGUUCUAGAGGGGUUGAAGACCAACAGAACUCUAAGGCAGAGAGGAAAUUAUCUCUGUCUGUCCCCAAAACAAUUCUUAUCUGAAUCUGGUGCCCUUGAGUUUGUGAGGCUGAAGUGUAAACUCCCCCCUCAGAAGAAAUUUAUAAUGCUGCCGUCGCUAUGGUAACUCUUCUCCCUGUCCCAGCCUGGGCGGGACUGUGACCAGUGAAGGCCGUGGAACCGUACCUUGGAGUCAAUGUACCCAUUACCUCCCUCCCCUGUCCAAAUGGAGGUGAUGAGCACUGCCCCAUGCGGCUGCACGCUCUGAAGUGAGGAAAGUCCCAACCCCACCUCCCCACCUAGCGCACACUUAUGUUGUGUAAUGUCUGAAGUCUGUGUGCAUUUCUGUUUGAGAUGUUUUUGCAGAGCAAAGCUGCCCUCUCUGUUGAGGGUAACUCUGAAGGGCCUUUUUUCCCCUCCCCCUGACUCUAUCCUCAUAUAAACCCUCUUGAUCUGUUACGGUAGCGCAACUCUGGUUUUGAAUGACCACAGUUACCAAUUCUUGUCAUGUAUGUAUGAUCUCUGAAUUGUGUGCACUGAAACUCUAAUUUCACUCUUGGAUUAAUAAAGUAUCUUUGAAUUUGAA